GGCUGUCGGGAGCUGGCUGGGCUGAGGGCCGCGGGGCCGGCGCCCGGCGGGUGGGAUGAGGCUGCCGGCCGCGUAGGGGCCAUGCCGCCCGGGCUCCGGGCCUGCCCCGCUCCGCGCCCCGGCCGCCGCGCCCCGCGCCUGCGCCGGCAUGGUGAACCUGGCGGCCAUGGUGUGGCGCCGGCUCCUGCGGAAGAGGUGGGUGCUCGCCCUGGUCUUCGGGCUCUCGCUCGUCUACUUCCUCACCAGCACCUUCAAGCAGGAGGAGAGGGCAGUGAGAGAUCGGAAUCUCCUCCAGGUUCAAGACCACGAUCAGCCCAUUCUGUGGAAAGUGCAGUUUAACUUGGGCAAUAGCAGUCGGCCCAGCAACCAGUGCCGGAACUCCAUCCAAGGGAAGCACCUCAUCACGGACGAGCUAGGAUACGUUUGUGAAAGGAAGGAUUUGCUGGUGAAUGGCUGCUGUAACGUCAACGUCCAGGGCACCAAGCAGUACUGCUGUGACGGCUGCUUGUCCAACGGCUGCUGCAGCGCCUACGAGCACUGCGUUUCCUGCUGCCUGCAGCCCAACAAGCAACUUCUCCUGGAGCGCUUCCUCAGCCGGGCAGCUGUGGCAUUCCAGAACCUCUUCAUGGCAGUGGAAGACCACUUUGAAUUGUGUUUGGCUAAAUGCAGGACCUCAUCCCAGAGCGUGCAGCACGAGAACACCUAUAGGGACCCCAUAGCAAAGCACUGCUACGGAGAGAGCCCUCCCGAGCUCUUCCCUGCGUGAUGGGCACAGAGGACUUGCCGACCGCGCGGCUGAAGCACUUGCAGCCUGAAGCCAGGCCUCCGCAGUCGUGAGCCCCUUGGAAGAAGAGCGUUGUCGUGCGGAAACCUUGGCUUUGGCCACUUCGUGGGCUGUACUCUUUGGCUUCACUCCCCGCCGGGCUUAGCAGAUGGGACUGAUAUGUAAAGCAGCUUGGAAACACCAGCGGGUCACAUUUGGAAAAGACAAAACUGCAGGCGACCUUGUGAGUCGGUUGGCGCUGUGGGCACCCCCACCACUGCAGCUGCUCGGGGACCCGUGCUCACUCCCAGUGCUCAUCGGGCCUUCACUGUAAAGUUAUUUAUUGGAUUUCUUUGUAGUAGUGGGAAAAUUAUAAUGUUUUAUAUUGGAAAAUGCCUUGCCUUGAUAGUUGAAUAUAUUCAAGGAAACUGUUGUUGCUGUUGUUUUCUUGUGUUUUUGAGUGUCAUGAGUUCAGUCCUCCCUUCACCCAGAUAAAAUGGCCUCGUAGGACUUGCAUGUUCUCUCAAGGUGGUUAUUUUGGUUUUUUUCUAACAGCACCUUCAGGGGUGGGCCCUGAACACUAUGCUGACAUCUAAGAUUGUCUGACGUCUCAGAGACACUGCUCCGUGCAGGUCUGGUGCCAGGCUCCCAGCAGCUGGCGCCGUGGCUCUCGGAUGUGUUUCUGGGGCUGUCUGGGAUGCUCGUAUGCCCACGUGUGAGCAUCGCUUUGGCCAGAGCUGCUGAUUUACUCUUCCAGAGGGUUUUGUUCUCGUUUCCUCUGAAGUGACUGUCCUGCUCAGCUGUGGGCAGUGGGAGCCUCGGGACAGUCCCCGCAGCCUCCUCUCCUCUGUGAAGGCGAUUCCUCAAUAGAGAGACAUCUAGCAACUGGCUGUCAGCGGUCAUCCUCGGUUGCUUCCAGCUGCAUGAGAUGUCACAGGUAAUACGUUUGUUUUCCCUGUGCUUUGCAAAGAAGAAGAAAACCAGUCUCUAGCAAGGAGCUCCGAGAGACUUACCGUCUACCCUCGUAGGACGCGUGAACGCCAGACGUGCAGGUUGCUGGUCUGCAUGCUGAGGCGGCUGCUACAUCUCUCUGGGUCAAGGCCAGGAGGGCUCGGUCCUCAGAUGGAGACCUGCCCCUUGAACAGUACACUCUGCACUCAGGAGAGCCAUUAGUGCACAGCCCUUUCCUGGAGUCCCUCACUGACCCCAGGAUAGGACAAGGUCGUUUCUUUUUUCUUUUUUUUUUUGGCUGUUCAGGUUGUGGACCUUGGAGCAGAGCACUAGAUUUACAUACAAUCUGCUUUCCACUUUUUUUCCCAGUGGAGCUCUUUUGGGCGAUGUCUGCCCUCCAGUAUGUUUCUGCAGGCUGUAGUGGUCAUUGCCCUUAACUUCCUCCUGUUACUUACACUUACCUUCCCAAAGUGGUUUGUUCUCAUAAAUAUGUUUUCUUAGAGGGUAAACUGUAUGUCUGGCAAUUGUUCUUAAAUGUUAGUCCCCAAGAAAUGUAUUUAGUUUGGAGUGGGCUUUUCGGGUUCUUUGUGUAUUCAUUGGUGCUAAAUCAAACUUUGUACGUGAAAGAAAUGUGCACGUCUGGAUGUUUUACUACCUACCUGGUCCUUUUCCGUAACUCAGUAUGAGAUUUGAGUUCGUUUUCUCUUGUCACUGGUACCA